AUGGAGCAGAAAAAUAUGAGGUUUCCGGUACCCUAUGUUAUACGUGGGCCACCAAGAGGUAGAUAUGUUGAGGAGGGGAGUAACACUCAGAGACUGGCUCAAAGGGUCCUCCAGCGAAACUUCAGUCAGUGUUCUUUCAGCGUCAGUAAAACGGAUUUAGAAGACAACUAUGGUGCAGUGGUCUUCUUGCAGUUCAAAACCACACAAAUUUUAGAGACAAUAGAGGAUGAUGUGGAUCAAUAUCACAGCAAGAAACCAUACCUAGGUUUGCAAGAUGGGUGUGAGACUGCUUGGAACCACCCUGAUAUUGCAAAGCAGCUAGCCACAUGCCCCUUUAAUGCCCGCCAUCAGGUUCCCAGAGCUGAGAUCAGCCAUCAUAUAUCAAGCUGUGAUGACAAAAGCUGCAUUGAGCAAGACAUUGUGAGUCAGUCGAAUAACUGCCACAGAGAGAAGAUGAGCACUGUCAGCAUGUGGCAGCCGUCCCCAUGUGACGAAGACUGGGAUAAAGAUCUACAGGAGCAAACAAAUUCUACGUUCGUUUGGGGCACGUUCAAUAGUGGCAUAAACAACAGUGGUUUGAGCAUUGUCCUGGAACAAAAGAGUAACCUAAUGCCAGGCAUGAGAGCACCCAAGUCCUUGCCAUAUAGCCUAUCCUGGAAAAGCAGUAAGUGCAAAGGCAGGUGGUCUCCCCCUGCUGAGCUGGUAACUGAAGGCCAGAGAAGAGGCUGCUAUUGA